AUGGAAAUGGAAUGGGAGAACAACUCUGCUCAGGAAAUGUGCAGGACAGCUGUGUGGGAUAUGUGCACAAACUGUGUGAGUAGGGUGUCGGAAGGGAUAGUCGGAAAUGUGUACGCUUGGUGGUUUGAUUCUUUGGUGGAAAGUUCCCAAACUCCCUACAAACUUUUCCGACUUCUGACUCCCAGUGAAACAUCAACUCAACAUCAACACUGUGCUGUUAACAAUAACGCAAUCAAGAAGACUUCAAUUUUGAUGUUAUUAAAACGGUAUCAAAUAGAGCAUGACACCCACAUAACUUCAACAUAA